AAUGCGGCGGGUUGCAGGCAUUGAUGAUGAGCGCGCGCGCUUGCUCGCUCCCGUCUCUCUUCAAUCUGAAUGAGCGCGGUCCUCGUCCUGCCACUGGCUCGCGUUCUUGAGGAAUUCGUGAUCAAUGAAACUGCAAACGAAGACCGAAUAAACGAGUGUCAAGCGCGAGAAUGCAUCAUCCGAAGGGCAGUUGAGAGGAGAAAGACACUUUCUUAAUGGGAUGUACAGUACAUCCCACACAUACCUCACCGAAUCUGAGACAUCCCAUUCCUCCAAGGGAUGUCAACCAACAGUCACACCUCGCGAGCAGCACCGCUGAGGAAUAUGGGACGUAAAGUUUUCUGACGAUCCAGCAUCCCAAGCGGGCUACAAGAAAUGCUAUGGAUAUCCUUAACGCAGUAGAUUUCUCCUUUACAUAGCAUUUUAAGUGAAUCGCACUGCCGUUUUUUGCACAGUACGAACAUACCAAACUUCUUUCAUUAAGUGGCCAUCAGCGGUCAUGAUUGAAAAGAGCGACUGACACUAACACUCAGAUGAUGGGGGCACCUGGGGGGCCAGUUCUGGCUGGGUUCGGGUCUACAACAUCAUCCCUAGACCUAGUUGGCUGGAUGGUCUGGCCCGGUAAUACCACCUUUAGUCUGAACCAAAGCAUCUUCGGGACCGACUACAGCUUCAAUCUCUCCGCAUCCUCCUCUUCUUCAUCCUCUCCCCAUGGGGUAGAAAAGGAUGUGAUGAAGGAAAAGAACUGGCCAGCCCUUUUGAUACUGGUGAUUAUUUCUUUGACAAUUGGAGGGAAUAUUUUGGUUAUUUUGGCUGUGUCGCUGGAGAAAAAGCUUCAGAACGCAACAAACUUCUUCCUGCGCUCGCUAGCAGUGGCGGACAUGCUGGUGGGCAUCUUGGUCAUGCCCAUCUCUCUCAUUAACAUCCUAUAUGAUUAUGCCUGGCCGUUGCCAAGUGCCCUUUGUCCUAUAUGGAUUUAUCUGGAUGUGCUCUUCUCUACUGCUUCCAUCAUGCACCUCUGUGCCAUUUCUCUCGACCGCUAUGUGGCCAUUCGCAAUCCAAUCGAGCACAGUCGAUUCAACUCCCGCACUAAGGCCAUGCUGAAGAUUGCUGCAGUUUGGACCAUUUCAAUAGGUAUCUCAAUGCCUAUUCCAGUGAUUGGACUGCACAACAGAGAUAAGGUUUUUAUAAACGGCAACUGUGCUCUGAACGAGGAGCGCUUUAUUCUGGUCGGGUCCUUUGUUGCCUUCUUCAUUCCUCUGGUCAUCAUGGUAGUAACAUAUUGUCUCACCGUCCAAGCGCUUCAACGUCAAGCCACAGUCUUCCUCUACGAGGGCAAAGCGUCUUCUGAGCAGCCUUUGCAGCCUCCAGCUCCAUCCAAUUCUCAACUUGCCCUACCAUCUGCUCCUUCCCGCCGCAGCAGCCUGAACUGUCUUCGGAUCAGCGACGGAAACACCCUGACCCCACCCUCGGACACCAUCUCAAUAAUCCCGAGCUCAGAGGUUCCGUCUCAGCUGAAUUCGCCAGCUGGGCGAGACCCGGGUGGUGCCCACGGCCGGCGCGGCAUGAUGCAGGCGAUCAAGAACGAGCGGCGAGCAUCCAAAGUGUUGGGUGUGGUGUUCUUCCUCUUCCUUAUCAUGUGGUGUCCUUUUUUUAUAACAAAUGUUCUCUAUGUCCUCUGCCGUGGAUCUUGUAAUGAGCCUCUACUCAUUGAACUGCUAAACGUGUUUGUUUGGGUUGGGUACAUCUCCUCUGGGGUCAACCCUUUAGUGUACACGUUGUUUAACAAGACGUACAGACGGGCGUUUUCAAGUUACAUGCACUGCCAAUAUAGACGAGUGGGCCUUAAACCCAUCCCCAUAAAUGUCCCUUGUCCAUCUCAUGCAGCAGUCACGCCCUUCCUUAUCUGCCAAAAAAUCGCUGUUGACCGCAACAGUAACUGUCGAAACGGGGAUGGGAAUGGAAUUCGGAAUCUGGAGCUGCACGAUAUGGACACUGACCCUGGACUAGAGCUAAAACCAGGAUUAUCAGAGCUAUCCAUCAGCAGCAGUCAUAGCCACACAGAACACACCAGCAGUGUUUGAAAAACAUCCUAAAUGUGACAUGGACUCUAGGAUUGGGUGCAAUGUGCUCUAAAUGAUCUUUUUAGAUCUGUGUCAAAAACUCAUUGUGAUUGGCUGCUGUCACCACGACCUCAGCUGUAUCACAGCAUAGAAUGUAUGCUGAUCAACACAGUGACAAUAAACUGAACAGGGUCAGAAAAUAUUGUGUCAGUGUGAGGAAAUUUGGAAGGAAUGUUAAUAUGUGAAUGAGUGCGUGUUUGUUUGUGUUAUCAGACUUCGAUAUGAAUGCUAAUACAUACUGCAUGAGUAGCCCGUGUCCCACUAAAGCAGCACUGGACAACUGGGCAUUGCUGACACUUCAUACAACAUGCAGUAAAUAUUUCACAGACAGAGUAACAGCAUCCUCUUGUGGUAAAUGGAAUCAUUACAUAAAUCUAGUGUGAACCCAAAACAUGAACAAUCAUUUCUAUGAAACCAAAUAGAUCAUUUCAAUGUUAUGGCACUAUCCAAACUAGUUGCAUUAAAAAAUGGAUGAAGCUAUGCUGUCUAAACUCACUUGCGAGUCAGAUCAUUGUUUGUGCUUGUUAACAUCUCCAGUAAGACAUGUUAAAUGAUCUCUCUGUGAUUUACAGAAUAAGAGUAUCACAGUUAGGGGUCAUCUUUUCUUACAUAACAAUGUGGAAGAAAUUACUGAAAAUCUACAGAUCUUUCCAAAGCACCGCUGAUUUAUAGUUACGUAACAAUAUCAAAAUCUCACAGUACGGUAAUACCUCGGUAUAAAGUCCAUGGUACAAUAUUUAUUGCAAUAUUUAAAAUGACGAAUGAUGAUUUGGAAAUGUGCCAUAAGCAUCCUCUUUUCUUUAUCCUCUAAUCAUAACUGUUGCUUUGAGGUAUGAGUUACAGUAUGAGAUGGGUAAAAAACCUUUUAUAAAAUAAUAUAAUUGCACCAAAUGGACCUUGCCAAAGGUAACAUGUAUUAUUUUUUCUAACAUUCUCUAUCUUAGGCCCGGAAGACCUAUCGUUUCAUACAGUCAUGUGACCACGAUAAUAUUGAGACAAUUUUGCUAUUGCGAUAAGACGAUAUCGAUAACAUCCCUACUGAUUUACCAUACUGGACCAAACAGAAGAAUGACAUGAAAUUCUAAAUAAACAAGACUUCAAAGAUCGAAGAUUUUUGAAACUUAAGUACAAAGAUUAAUGGUUGAAUUCAGUUGUGGCUGCAAUAUUUAAAAUUCCUCUUAAGUUUCUUUUUGUUCAAGGAACAGCCUCUACUUUUGAAGAACAGUCUCUCCAGUGAAUGUAGCACCAGUUGUGAGCUGUCCAGCCACCCCAGCAGGUGGUCAUGAAUGAGUGACGCAAGGAGCAAAACUGCACAAGAGAAGGAGUGCUAGAACCAUUUACUUUAUAUGGACGAACUGUCCACAACAUAUGUUGAUCCGAGAGACCAAAAAUGUUCAUUUGAGGAUGUCCAUGAAUAUAUAUUGUAUAUAGGGUUUGGAAUCAUAUUAAUGUUAUCGAUUCCGAUUCUGCUUAUCGAUUUCUAUUCUUAUCGAUUCCCAGUUUCGAUUCCACAGUUGAAGUAAACCAUUUAGAUAUCAACGUGUAUACGGUCAUUUAGCCUGCUCAUGGGCUCUAUGCAUGCGUUACUACUGCGUCUCACAGGAAGAACCCUAGGCAGUUUCCGGUUGGGGAGACUUAAAGCAGAGAGAAAUGGGAGGAACUGCCUAGGGUUCUUCCUGUGAAACUCAGUAGUCACGCAUGCAUAUAGCCCAUUGACUUGUUUGCAAAUAUAUAUUUAUGAGCACCGUUUUGUGUAUAUAUACACAUAGAACCAUGUUUUUUUCUGAUUUAUUACAAUUUGUAUUACCAUAGUUGAACUACAUCAAGGUUAAACUGUAGUAAUCAGAAAAGACACAUGAAUGGAUCACAUGUGUACAACAUGUGUUUAACAUGUGCAAGAAACACAUGUGAAAUGUGUGUUUUUGGAACAUUUUUGUGUGAAUCCCACGUGAAUGCCCAUGUGAAACAAAAAGGAUAACAUGUAAAAACCCAUGGGAUGACAAGUGAAACAUGUGGUGACAUGUGAAGAACAUUUAUUUUUUACGUUUUGUUACCUGUGCCUUAUCACUUUUUUAACCUGUAUGUGCACUGGAAGCUUCUGUCACUAAGACAAGUUCCUUGUGUGUCCAAGCACACUUGGCAAUAAAGCGCUUUCUGAUUCUGAUGUGACCACAUGUGGAGACAUAUCACCACAUGUCGCACAUGUCAUCCCAUGGGUUUUCAUAUGUUAUCCCAUGGGUUACACAUGGGAAUUCACAUGGGAUUCACACAAAAAUAUUCCAAAAACACUUUUUUCACACGUGAUCAUAUGUGUUUUUUGCACAUGUGAAUUUCGUGUGUCUUUCUGUAAGGGUCGAAACUGUUGUUAAUUUGUGUUUCCUGUGCUUUAAUGCAAAUACUAUAGUUAAACUAUGCUUAGUUUAGUAAAAAUAUAGUUAAUUUUCAGAAGGGCUUUUAUUGAGAUAUCAGCAGAUCACGCAACUUUUCUGAAAAUAUGCACACAGGAAUUGAUAAGAGGAAUUUAAAUCUCAAGGAUCCGAUUCCUAUUCCUUUCGAUUCCGAUCCGAUUCCUAGACUUUCGAUUCCGAUCCAAUUCCUAGCCUUUCGAUUCCGAUUCCAAAUUGUAAUUGAUUUUUGAUUCCCAACCCUAAUUGUAUAAAGCUGUAAAUUCUUGCUGUUUUUCUGUGUAGAACCUUAGAAUUUCUCCUGUAUCACCUGCCCUUCAAACUGCCAUUUUUAUACCUUAGCCUGAAUGUUUUUCCAAAACCAUCUUUUUUGUUCAAAUCCAUCACUUUCGCAAUGUUAUCCUUUUGUGAAGCUGCUAUUUAUUUAAUAAAAGAUUGUUAUUGCUGUGGUGGUCAGUGGCACUUUUGCUGUAAAGUUUACUAUAUUAAAUAUACUUGGCUCUAACUGUCACGGAUUGGCAGAAGAGAACCCAAAUGCAGGCAGGCGGUGAAGGGAUUAACAAACAAGACUUUAUUAUAAAUACAAAGAAACAAAAACACCCGCGAGGGGGUGAACGAAAAGAUAACAAAAUAAUAAAACGAGCAACAAGACCAAGACUACCUAAACAAUAAACUAGACAACACUUUGACAGAAACUAAACUAACACUUACUAAGACAGGACUGGGUUAUAGAAACAGGAACACAGGAACAACGACUGGCACGAUUCACAUACACGACGUAGUACAUACACACGCAAUGACCGACACAGGACAAUGACACAUGAGGGUAUUAUAUAGGGAAGACAGACAAAGGAUAACAACACGGGGCAGGUGUGGGUAAUUAAACACUCAGGGAAAGAUAAUGAGGAAACGAGAGGAAUGGGGCCAAUGACAAGACACUGGAGAGAACGUAUAUUAUUGUCAAAAGGACAAUAAUAUGUUUCUCUCCACACAUAACCAAAAGCUUUGCCAUGGCUCUGCUACAGGACCAAGAAAAACAUGACUAAGGAAGCAGAGC